UCUACUUUGUUCCCCUCGUCUCCUUCGCCUUCUCCACCACAACCGCCGCCGCCACCACCACCGCUUCCGAGUGACAUGGUGAAGGAGCGCGUGAUCACGGUGGAGUACUUAGAGCCGUCCAUGUCGCGCGAGCUCGUUGGCAAGUUCCCCGACAACUCUGCCUUCGACUUCGAAUACUCCCAGAGCGGAAUUUGGUCGCCACUGCUCCCCCGCGGCCACCACGCCCCUGUGCCACUCCUUUGCCUCCAUGCCCGCAAGAAGUUCCUGUCUGGGUCCCCAGUGACCCUUCGGAAAGUGAAGGCAAAGCUCUCCAAGAAGAAGAAGAAGAAGCAGAGUGCUAUUGGGAAGAACCUGGAGUUCACUCCGAUCCCUUCUCCUAAACUUGGUUGGAAGAGAGUGUUGAGAGCAGCCGCCAAACGCUUCAAGAUUCGCGGGAAAUCACCAUUGCCGAUGGUGCUGCCAACCUUAUGAAUCUUCUUAUUAAUUGUGUUUCUGAUUUUCACUAUAAAUCAAUACUUGUUCCCUUUAAGUAAUUAGAUGAAAACUGAUUGCAAUAGAUGAAUGCUGAUCACAGUUGGUGUCAAAAAGAUUGAAACUUUAUAUGAAAAACUGAAGCAUUCUCAAAUCAAUCGUUCAAUUGACACUCUCAAUUUUUGUGAGAGAAAAGCAUUUUUUGUUAGAAGCAGAAAAGAGAUUGAUUAAAUGAGAAGCCAAAGGUAUUUUUGUGA